AUUUGGAAGAAAAAACAGUCAUUCAAUAUUCCAUUUUGAUUUAUAAGGUAUUUACGCACGAUUUUCAGGUGUGAAAACUGGAAAUGUGAGGGAUAUGUUGUUGCUGCGUUCCAUAUUCGUUUGCUCUAUCAAUUAUUUACCUUCAAGGCGUUGCUGGCAAAACUAUUUCAACAUCGAGUGUGUUUUAUUGAAUUGAAAAAUAAAACGGCACACCUCGCACCGUGACGUUAAAUGGCUGAAUCAAAUCGUGAACCAAUGUCUAUGGAGGCAUUUAGAGCGAAGAAAGGUACCUUUUGUAUUGACAGUCAUCUUGAAAGGUUUUCAAUUCCUGGUGGUAAACUUUGUGCGUUUUGUUUUUCAUUGUAGCCUCGUCUCCUACCGCCGAUAAGUCGGCAGCCAAUCCGAGUAAAUCUGCAAACUCAUCAUCAACUGUCCCUAGUUCGGUGAACUCGGCACAAUCUAGGCCGGCUAGUGCAAGCAGGACGACUUCAGCGAGACGGUCUGUUUCUGCUGAGAAUUUGUCAGGAGAUAGAUACGGUCCCGCGCCUGAUCAGCGACAAAGCAAGGUCAAGCUUUUGCGAGAAAAGCAAGCUGAAGAGAGGAGGAGAAAGAACGAAGAACGUAGGUUGGCGUUCGAAGAAAGAAGGCGAAAAAAAGAGGAGGAGGAGAAAGAAAGGUGGACAACACUUAAACAACAAGUGGACAAACAUAGUGUUCCUAAAUCAAAUAGUUCAGCUUUAAAGCCAGGCUCUGGUAGAAAACUCCCAAAUGUACCUACAGAAGUUAUUGCUAAGCGACCAGGCAGUGCUGUUCAAGCGCCUUCGCGACCGUCUUCGUUGCCAAAGCCUUUAACGAGACCCUCCAGUGCUAAUCCUGCCAAAAGCCCCAAUCAAAGUAGUGCUGGGAGGUUAUCAGGAGGUUCUACCCCCAAAGAAUCUCCUGCAUCAACCGCCAACUUACAACCUAAACCAUCCUUAGGGGCUGGUAGGUCAGUAUCUGCAAGUAAUUUAGACACCAGUACUGUAGCAAAUCGUCGAGCUAGUGGCGGGCCUUUGCAGGCAAGGCCAUCGUCUGGUGCAAAGACCAGACCACGGACAUCCUCGCAUGUUUCGGCUCAGACACUGGAUAAGUCUAAGACAAGAAAUAGUGUCAGCCAUGAAUCACUGUUACCUCCUGGUGGAAAAUUAACAAAAUCCCACUCUACCAGCUCGAUACAAAAUGUUGGAAAGCAUAAAACUACAGCAGAAAAAAGCCAUAAAACUGAAACAAAACCAAAAGCUGGAGUUACUGAUGAGGCCACUGCCAAACAGGCACUGGCAGAACGGAGAAAAAAGGCUAGAGAAGAGGCCGAGAGACAGGCUGCUUUGGAUAAAGAACGACAAGAGGCGGAGAGGUUAAAAAGGGAAGAAGAAGAAAGAAUACGAGCUGAAGAGGAAGCCAGGGAAGAAGCAAGGAUGCGGGAGCUUGCUGAGUUGCUUCGUAAGCAGGAAGAAGAGCGUCUACAGGCAGCAGAAGAAGAAAGGAAGAGAAAAGAGCACGAAGAGGUUGAGAGAGCUGCUGCUGAAAAGAAACGUAAAGAGGAGGAAGAACAGAAAGCAAGAGAUGAGGCAGAAAGGAGGGCUCAAGAGGAUGAAGAAAGGCGUAAACAAGAAGAAGCUGCAAGGUUGGAGAGGAAGAGGGUGAGAAUUUACGUAUAUUUGUACAUUUGACACUUGACAGCACAACAUGUAGUGAAUACUCUUCACAAACUCAGGAUUCUCAUAAAGUUUUAAAGGCAGUUACAAUCCUGGACAAAUGUCUGUGAGACAGUAAUGCAGUAUUCAUGGUUUUCUGUAAUUUCUAGGUACCCUCAUAAAAAAGUGCAACCUUUUUGAAAAUAUCUUGCAGUUUUUUGCUCCCCCCACCCUAUGCAAAGUUGAAACUUAUGAAAAAUUCUGGAAACACGCAUUCAACCUUGUUUGUGGGAGGGGGAGGGGUUGGGCAUAUGUGAUUUAAAGAGAGCCCCACAAAUGCAAAUGUGUCCCAAGACUUUUGGGAUCAUUAUACUUUUCUGGGAAACUGCCCACCUACCCCUCCCCUAAACCAACAUUAACACUUACUUUGCACUUAAGGCAAAAUGUUGGCUUAGGAGAGGGGUAGGUGCACAGUUUCCCAGAAAUGUAUAAUGAUCCGACUUUUGUCCAUCAUUGUGGGAUGUAAAAUUUAGGCAGCUUGACAAUCAAGUGCUGUAGGCAAUUUGAGGUUUUCACUUCCUCACUUUGCCCAUUUUCCCGCAAAAGUAGUUGGCUCGGACCUCAAAGUAGUCGGUUGUGGGCACUUAAUGAGAACCCUGCAAACUUAGAAGUUAAGAGCCUACACGCAGUGCUAUAGUCCCACAUGUAACUUUUUGAGUGAAAACUGAUACUAGCAGAAUGACUGUUAAAAAUUUUUAAUGUGUAUGCUGUUGUUCAACUUUUUAGACAUUAACCCUUUAUAUCUUGUGAUAAUCUACACUAAGCCCUAGGGGGUCAGCUCUAUUUAGAGAUAUAUCGUGUAGUACGCUGACAUGUAAAUACAUGCAAAUCACACCUCUUUCUAUACAAAUAUUUCAGCGAGUGGAGCAAAUUAUGAGCAGAACAAGACAAACAGCAAGCCCAACAACUACUGAGGUGGGUAACUUUUCAUCUUCCUGCAAGAAAUUGUAGCUUCCAGAUACAGUUCCACUCAAAAGUAAAUUACAACCCCUUGCGUGGUGCCAAUUGCAUCAUGUGCUAUGCAAUUCUUGUCGCGCAGUAGCACAGGAUGCAGUAGAUUCUCUCGGCUAAACAUACCUUUAGUGUCCAAAUUUGGAAAAUUUAUGUCAUUGACAUCAGUCAUUGAUUAAUUAAUUCUAGGACAAAUUUCGUCAGGCAAAGGCAGCAACAUGACAGCUCAGCUGUCAUGGUGUUGCAGGGCUUGAGAAAAUAGCUAAUGAUUAGUUUAUGGUAAGCACCCUUACUGCACAUGCUACGUUUAAAUCUGAGUAAACAUUCAAACUUAACUUGUUUCUUUUUUUGUUGUACAGGAGGCAAAGGAACUUGAUCCGGAUGACACCAAGCGUAAAGUGAACAAAAUCCUUCAGAAGGUGAAAGGCAGUCAGAGUUCAUCAAGUCAUAAUAUUGCAGAUAAUGAUGGGCUAGAGGAAGAGCAAGGGAAUAAUAACGAAUCCAAAACUUCGGAAGAAGUAAAACUUGAAUCAGAAAUUACCAGUUUAGAUACUCAGCAUGAGAACAACUUUGCUCCCAUUGAUACAGAUUUAAAUGGAGUAGAUUCUUCUGAACUGCAUAGUUCUGAGAAUAAAUCAUCAACAGAGCCAACUUCAGAGCUACAUGUAGUACCUCCUUUAAUAACUUUACAGCCUGAUUCAACUUUCACUCCAAUUGGAUCUACAAACAGUGAACAUGAAAACGAAGCUGUUUUAUUUCAGUAUAAAGAAAACUCAUCGGUGACAUUUAAUAAAGAGAACCAUAGUGUAAAUGGAACAGAUCAAAUUGUGGAAACUGAAAACUUGACAAAUGCUGAAACUACUGUGGUAAGAAUACCAUCUUUUAUAUCCUUCAUUGUUCACUUGCAGGCUUAUCAUUUUUUGGUUGUUUUGAGGACAUUGCUGCAUAUUAAGUAGCUUAAGCAGCAACGGCGGUGAUGGCAAUGAGAACUGCAAUGAAAGCAAUAGGUUUAGAUUAGCAAAAUGACAACUUUGCACAUGCAUCACGCAUUUUGGUACAUUUCUUUGCUGUCACUGCAUGCCUACAACAUGAAACUGCCAAAUUUCACAUUUUGUGAAGGAUGUGAACGCAAGACAAUGACUUUCUUUUUCUUUUCCUCAUCUUCAAUGCAGUCUUUCAGAAUUCAAUUGCAGAAAAAUUUGCCAACAUUGACAAACUGCACAAAAUGGAAUAAAUGUAGUAAAGUUUGAAGCAGCAUAUUCAUUUUUCAAGUGACAUUUUCGUUGCUAUAUCCGUCUUUUUUGCUUAAGCUGCCUAUUAAUGUAUGGCUACUUCAGUUGAGUUUUUGGCGAUGUGAUGCUCUGUAAGGUGCAUGCCUUCCGGAUGUUAAUUUGUACACUAAAAGAGAAAGUCAAGCUUCAAGUUUUUAAAACUGCCUCUCAAAACAUUAACCCAUUUCCCGGCUGAACAGCUUGUAGCCACUUAUGUGAAUCCAAGGACAACUUUGUCAUCUUACUUGUGAAGGGGGGAAGAGAUCUUUGAAACCAUACCAGAAUGAGCACAAUUCUACCAAAGUGACAGGAGAAAAAUGGGAAAAACCAUGAAAAGUUGACCCCAAUCUUGUUCCACUACCCAACUGCACUUUCUUCCAUCUAAUCCUUCAAUCCUUAAGGCUUUCCCAAAAGCUUUUCCUAAUGAAAUGAAGCCUAGUAAAUGCCCAGCAAAAGGAAAAGAAAACAGAUUGAGAAAUGUGUGAGAAGAGGGGAGGUGAGAAAGCAGGGGUGAAGUUUAAGUCAAGAUUGCUGUAUCACCUUUCAAUAAGAGGAAAGACACACAAAAAACUGGCGUCAAUUUGUUAAGCACUUAUAUGGUCCAUUUCAAUUCUUUAUUUUAUAGUCACAUGGUAACCAUGUCAUUGGCUGCAAAAUGUAACUAUUGUGGUUUAUUUUUAUCCUGGGUUUGAAUUUUUUUCCUGUUGCUCUUUGGUACAGUUAUGUAAGAUAAUGAGUUGGAAACAAUGGAAAAUAAAUGUGAAGCCACGUCUUUUAUCAUGACCUUAGUUCUCUUUUUGAUUACUUUCUUUUACCAACAAGAGGCAUUCUCCUGAAACUAAACAAGAUGCUGUGCCAGAUAAUUCAGUAAGUGUGAACAACGAAAACUCUCCUAGUGAAGUGGAUGAAGAGAUUUUGUGGUUGAAGAUAGAGGCCACAAUGAAAGCAAGAGAGUCGUAUGCUAUUGAAGCUCUGGAGAAUCUGGGAAUAGUCGCUGAAGGUGAUGAUGAUGACGAGAGUGAAGAGGGGCAACUGUGGACUGUGGUAGAAGGAAAGACACAUCUUGCUGAGGUAGUGUAA